GUGUUUAUGCAAGAUGGAAGAUGAAACUUGAAAGUGGAGACUUAAUUUCAAGAUGAGAGAUCUUCCAUUUCUUUACAAAUGUUCUUUCAAAUUCUUUCAUAAGAAUAAAAAAGAAAAAUCCUGCAAAAGUGGAAGAAAAACAAAAUCUUCCAGUGAAGCUCUUCCCCAAGAACUAUACCGUUAAUUUUCACUAAUGGAGAUCAAAGCUGCCACGGAAAACUUGCAUGAGAACUUCAAGAUUUCCCAAGGAGAUUUCCGCCGCUGUAUAUAUAAAGGCUUUAUCAAUGAUGGUACUUUGGCUGUUGCUGUCAAACGCCUCCACCCAGAAUCUUGGAUGGGAAUUCAUGAGUUCCAAAAUGAGGUGCGGUUGCUCUGCCAACUGUGCCAUCCGAAUCUUGUCUCUCUCGUCGGGUUCUGCAAGGAGGAAAAUGAAAUGAUCAUUGUAAGAGAAUACAUAAACAAUGGGACGCUCCAUGAUCAUCUUCACGGAUCGCUGGGUCGUGAUUCAUUCCUAUGGGAGCGGAGACUAGAGGUAUGCAUUGGGUUGGCGCGUGCCUUACAUUACCUUCACUCUGGAGUAAAGUACGCAAUAAUUCACCGUUAUGUCAAGAGUUCAACCAUUUUUUUGGAUGAAAACUGGACUGCAAAGCUUUCUGAUUUUGAGUUAUCCAAGAUGGGUCCGCAUAGCAUGUCAAAGGCUUUGAUAAGAGUCGACUCAGCGGUCAAGGGUACUUAUGGGUAUGCAGAUCCAGAGUAUGUAGCAACCGGUGAAUUAACUGAAAAAUCUGACGUGUAUUCAUUUGGGGCAGUUCUGCUGGAAAUUUUAUGUGGUAGGCUGGUAAUAGACGGAGGUUUGGAGAAAGAUCAGAUAGAUCUAACUGAAUGGGCUCGUAAAUGCAUCGAAAAUGGGACUAUUUAUGACAUCAUUGAUCCGUAUUUGAAAGGGAAGAUAGCUCCAGAGUGUCUUGGAAAAGUCGUAGAGAUUGCUUACAGUUGCAUCAGUCUGGAGGGAAGAGACCGACCAACAAUGGGCGAAGUGGAGGUGACUUUGGAGCUUGCAUUGGAACUGCAACAGAAAGCUCAGGCGCAUUCCCAUUUGUACUAGAGAAAUUAUAAUAUGGAUGCUGAUGAAAAUUCAGUCAAAGUUACAAAUCCUUUCUUUUAAUUUUGGUCUCUUUUAUUUGUUAUGAAAGCUACUAAAACCGCUGCCCUAAUUAAUCAUCUGUUUACUG